AGAGUAGCGGCUAGCCGAGCCCCGGCUCCGCGGCGGCGCCCGCCCUUUCACCAGGCGGAGCGGGAGGAUGCGGCCCGGAGCGGAGCUCUGAGCGAUGGAAGGAGUCCUGUACAAGUGGACCAACUACCUGGCGGGUUGGCAGCCUCGGUGGUUUGUCUUAGACAAUGGGAUAUUGUCGUACUAUGAUUCACAGGAUGACGUUUGCAAAGGCAGCAAAGGAAGUAUAAAGAUGGCCGUGUGUGAAAUAAAAGUCCAUGCAACAGACAACACCAGAAUGGAGUUAAUCAUCCCAGGGGAACAGCAUUUCUAUAUGAAAGCAGUUAAUGCAGCUGAAAGGCAGAGGUGGCUGGUAGCACUGGGAAGUGCGAAGGCCUGUUUAGCAGAUACUAGAACAAAAAAAGAAAAAGAAAUAAGUGAGACCACUGAAUCUCUUAAAACCAAAAUGUCUGAACUUCGUCUCUACUGUGAUCUUCUGAUGCAGCAAGUUCAUACAAUACAAGAAUUUGUUCACCAUGAUGAGACUUGCUCUCCUCCCAGCAUUGAGAACAUGAAUGAAGCCUCUUCCUUGCUUAGUGCCACGUGUAAUACAUUUAUCACAACACUUGAAGAAUGUGUGAAGAUUGCUAAUGCCAAGUUUAAGCCAGAAAUGUUCCAGCUGCCUCAUCCCGAUCCCUUAGUUUCUCCUGUGUCGCCAUCACCUGUCCAAAUGAUGAAGCGUUCCAUUAGCCAUCCUGGUCCUUGUUAUUCGGAAAGGGAUAAUCACUCUGUGAAAGAACCAAUUUCCCUCCAUCGGUUAUCACAGCAACGCAGAAGAACAUACUCAGAUACAGACUCUUACAGUGAUACUCCCCUGGAAGAUUCUCAGAGAUCUGCUCACUGCCCUGGAAAUGCUGUAAAUGGGAAUCUGGUGUCAUCAACCAUUCCGGAAGAAAAUAGAUCGAUAUCAAAUGAAAGAUCUGACCUGGAAGGGAGUCUCUCAUCCUUUUCUUCCUGAAGAAGCUGAAAGUGUUUAAAUUUUCUAUAAAAAAUGCUAUGCAAAGGCUGCUGUAAUUAUAUUGUUAUUAUAGGAAGUAGUAAUUUCCCUUUUUAGAAGGAUUUCUCUGCACUUUAUAGAAUAACCUGAAAAAUAUCUUUGAAGUGUAUUUUAUCUUUAUAUAGUUUAUUUGCAAGAGUAUUUUCCUAAUAUUUCACAGUUUGAAUGUGCAUUUUUUUGGAACAAAUGAUGGUUUAAAAGAUAAACAUCUACAUUUGUAAAUGUUGCUCUUUAUAAAAAGUUUGAAGGUCUGACUGAUACAGUAGUAAACCUGCAGAUUAUAAACUUUA